AUUAUUAUAUUGUAUUAACAAUAAUAUAAACAGAUAUUCCGUCGAUAUUCUGCACACGGCUACCAGGAGCGGAUGUCGUCGGAGGCAAAAUCCGUUCUAGCCAUGCUAUCUAUACUUCUUCUUUUGUUUUGCGCGGUUGUCAGCGUCUUGUCAAACCCAGCUAUAAGCCUGUACCAAUGUAAGACUGACGAUGACGUUUGCGCGACCAAAGCUGUAAAUUUGGCGUACCCUUUAAUUCUGGAAGCCAAUGAAGAAAUAGGAGCUGAAUCCAUUGAUCCCUUAUUUCAACCAGAAAUUGAGGGCAAUCUCUCCAUUUUGAAGUUUAAACUCUUCAAUACGACUGUAACAGGAUUCAAAACAUGCAGUGCCGAGAAUGCUAAAUACAAUGAUGAGCAACAAACUUUGCGUAUUGACAUUGUAUGCGGCGCAUUCACUUUGAGCGGUUCUUAUGAUAUCAACGGCCAACUUAUCGUACUGCCGGUCCAAGGAAAUGGAGAUUAUGUCCUCACAACAAAAAAAUACCGUCUGAUCAUUGACUUGGAACUGAAAACAAUAACCGGCAAAGAUGGCAAGACCUAUAGAACUGUCAAAAACUUCAAAAUGGAGGCAGACCCCUUGGAACCUGUUAAUUACGAUUUUAGGAACCUCUUUAAUGGACAGAAAGAUCUGGCCGAUACAGUUCUGAAGUUCGCAAAUGAAAACUGGAGGGAAGUCGCACAUGAAGUGCAGUUACCUGUUUUUGUUGCGAACAUAAAGAAAAUGGUCAAAAACGCCAACAAGUAUUUGAAGACGAUACCAAUCGAAGAAUACACGCAACAGUAAUGUCAUUUCAUAUACAUUUGUUCGGAAGAAUUGGUAAAACAACGUAUGGCCAGCUGACUAAAGAACCUAUUUAAAUUAAUUAUUUCAUCAUGUAUUAAGUAUUGUAAGCUUAGUAUCAUAAUAAAGUGGCCACAAAAAUA